AUGGCAGAGAGCUCUAAGCCGAAGCAGAAAGAUGAGGAAGGCAGUUAUGACAAAGAGGUUAUUUCUAAACAUCCUGACAUGGAACUAGCUCAACUUAGAUUUCUUGUCAAUCACCCGGAGCUCGAUAAGGAUAUUAAGAAACAAAAACUAGACCAGCUACAAAAGGCUAUCAAGGAGCAUGACAUGGCGCCUUUGUAUCAAAUGAUCUGCGAUGAGCUUGGUGUCCCAGUUGAUAAAACUCAGCUCGCAGCAAUGAAGGAAAACAACACCAAGCGUAUCAAAGAGAUUGAGGCAGAAAUAGAAGACGCGGAGAACAACUUAGGUAGCACCGAAGUCCGUCAGGCAUGGCUACGAAAGUUCGAGUAUUACUGUCAGAUUGGAGACAAGGAGAACGUGAUCAAAACGUUCACGUCUACGUACGAUAAGUCGGUUGGAAUGGGUUACCGUAUCGAUCUUGUUUUCAAUAUGAUUCGGGUUGGCCUGUUUUUCCUUGACCACAGCUUGAUUAACCAACAUAUCACUAAAGCCAAGGAGCUCAUGGAACAGGGUGGCGAUUGGGAACGCAAAAACAGGCUACGCUCUUAUGAAGCUCUCUACAAGAUGUCUGUAAGAGAUUUUGCCGGAGCCGCUGACCUCUUCCUAGAAGCAGUACCUACAUUUGGAUCGUACGAACUGAUGACAUACGAGAACCUGGUUUUCUACACAGUUGUGACUUCUUUGUUUGCCCUUGACCGUCCAGAUCUGCGAACUAAGGUCAUCAAGUGUAAUGAAAUACAGGAGCAGCUAACCGGAGGAGGAGCUAAUGGCGCUCUGAUCCCUGUUCGAGAAUAUCUUGAAGCCUAUUAUGGAUGUCACUAUGAUAGAUUCUUCGUCCAACUAGCGGCGUUAGAAAGCGAACGAUUCAAAUUUGAUCGUUAUCUUGCACCUCAUUUCAAUUACUACUCACGUGGUAUGCGUCUUCGCGCAUACGAACAGUUCUUGACUCCUUAUAAGACUGUGCGAAUAGACAUGAUGGCCAAAGACUUCGGCGUUUCUCGUGCUUUUAUUGACAAAGAGCUUCACCGACUGAUCGCAGCAGGUCAACUUCAUUGCAGAAUUGAUGCAGUUCGCGGCGUUAUUGAGAUGAACCAUCCUGAUUCGAAAAACUACUUGUACAAAGCUGUCAUAAAGGAUGGUGAUAUUCUAUUGAAUCGCAUUCAGAAGCUCGCUCGAGUAAUUAAUGCCUGA